AUGAAGGCUCUCGUUCUAACUCCAUCGACGAGGGAAGUCUCCCUCCGCGAGCUCUCCACUCCAGAGCCCGGACCAGGCGAAGUUCUUAUUCGCGUCCACGCCGUGGCGCUCAACCCUGUCGACGAGUUAUACGUAGCCAAGCCCCUCGCUGUGCAGGACCAGCGAGUUAUAGGUACCGACUUCGCGGGCGUUGUCGUUGACGUCAGCGCCGACUUGGAUUCCUCCUCUGAUCCUCGGACCAAGGUUGGCGCACGCGUCGCCGGAUUUCAUCAAGGCGCCUGCUCUGUCAACGAUCGUCCUGGCGCUUUCGCCGAGUAUGUCACCGCACCAUACGACCUUCUAUGGAAAGUGCCAGCCAAUUUGUCACUUGAGGCCGCCUCAACCAUAAGCAUGUGCGGCCUAACAGCCGCGCAGGUCAUAUUUGCUCGUCUCGGGCUCCCUAGUCCCUUUGCUUCCACUUCUGGCUUCCUCCCGUCGCAGGACCGGGAUGCUGGCGAAUCCAUCAACGUGCUGAUCAACGGCGCUUCAUCGUCCGUCGGCCUCUAUGCCGCGCAGCUCGUGCACCUCGCAUCUCAGGCAAGCGGCCGGAAAUUCCGCCUGAUCGGCACGGCAAGCCGCUCGAAGCACGAACUCCUGCGUGGGCCGCCUUACAGCUACGACGUUCUCAUCGAUUACCGCGACCAGGACUGGCCGGCCAAGGUGAGGGAAGCCACGGGCGGAAACGGCGUGGACUAUGCGUUGGACUGCAUCUCGGAGGGCGAGACCGUGUACAACACCCACAGCACGCUCGGCCCCGAAGCAAAGUUUGCAGUAAUCCGCGGUACAGCCGGUGGGGGUUACGAUCCCUCGAAGCUCCGGGUGAAGCCCAUCUACGGCGCCGCAUGGGAGGGCCUGGGUGUUGAGAUCGGAUAUAACGACAUUACUGUACCCGCGGACCCCGAGGCACGUGCUUUUACGACCCAGUUCUACAGCUUCCUGGGCUCCGAGGCCGCGGCGGGCAAAGUCAAGCUCGAGCCAAACCCAGUACGGAACAUGCCCGGUGGACUGGAACGGAUCGUGCCUGACGGACUGGCUCUUCUAAGUGGCUUCGUGUCAAAGCGAACUGAAGUAGGUCGGACCGAGCAGUAUAUGCGGCCGAUCAGUGCAGAGAAGCUGGUGUACACUAUUUGA